AUGAAUGCUAAGUGGUGGAGUGAGACAUUAGAUACCAUACUACUUGAAAAUCCGAAUUUGAAGAUAAAUGAAAUACGGUCAAAAUCUUUGAGGAAAUGGAAUACAAAUGUCACAUUAUCUAAAGCUCGUAGGGCAAAAUUAAUGGCAUCAUGCAAAGUUGAAGGUUCAUUCAAAGAUCAGUUCACAAGAAUAUAUGACUAUGCACAUGAAUUAUUGAGAUGUAACCCAGGAUCAACCGUCAAAGUUAAAGUAGAUAGUGAAAAUGGUCAGACCAUAUUUCAGAGGUUCAAUUACAAGGGGGAGUUAUUAACAGUUGUUGGUAGAGAUCCUAAUGAGAAGAUGUUACCUCUGGCAUAUGCAAUUAUGGAAGUAGAGAACAAAGAAACUUGGUCUUGGUUUUUGGAAUUGUUGAUAGAAGACCUUGGGGGCACUGAAGUAUGUGAUGCAUGCACUUUUAUGUCUGACCAACAAAAGGGUUUGCUGCCAGUGUUGUUUGAACUUUUACCUAGGGCAGAGCAUAGAUUUUGCAUGAGACACUUAUAUGCAAAUUUUAGAAAAAAAAUUCAGAGGGCACACCUUAAGACUUUGACGUGGAAGGCUGCUACUAGUACCUACCCCCAAGCUUGGAAAAGAGAAAUUUUGAAUAUGAAAGAGGUCAAUGUAGAAGCUUACAAAUACCUUAUUGUUAUUCCCCCAAGAUUGAGCAGUAACUGA